GUAAGCUUGUCAGUCACCUUCAGAGAUGCUCCCAAGACACAGGUGGGCUUCUCAGGGGCUUGGGUGGGUUUGUCCUACCCUGACAUCUUUGUACAGCUACCUUACUUGGAUACGCUUGCAGGGUGGUGGCAGCAUGUAUGGAAGGCGGGGUAGUGGAAACUACCAAGAUGGUGGAAGCAGAGGUGGAGGAGGAUGGCGAGGUGAUAAAUAUAGAAGAGGAGGAAGAGGUGGUGGUGAUGGUGGUGGAAGAGGAAGAGGAGGUGGAAAGGGUGGAAGGGGAGGCAGUAGAGGAGGUCCUCCACCUGGACUUCGGGGCAAGGAAAUUGGUCUGUGGUACGCUCGACAGUCUCGGGAACGGCAAGAGAAAGAUGAGCGCUACUUACCAUCUAUCUCUAUGAAUGCUAGCCAAGUCAGAGAUGUAGGUCGUAUGUUGGACUCCUUUGAUGGUGGAAAUAAUUCUACCAAAAAUGUCUCAAGCUUGGAAGGUGCAUGUUCGACCGCACUUCCCUCGGAUGAUCUGGGACAGGAAUGGGAUCAUCGUAUAUCAUUUAUUAUGAAACAAGAAUUUGAUGAAGAUGACACAGGUGGUGAGAACAGUGGUGAAGGGUUUGAAGGCGAGAUCGACCACUUCUCCAACCCAGAUGCAUGGAUACACGACACAACACAAAAACGUAAAGGUAUAUCAGAGGGUGAUCAAGAGAAGAGGCCUCGGGGGGAAACCUUGGCUCGAAGACUGGACAAUAUUGGUGAAUCAGACUUUAAACAAGCCUAUAUGGCAAAUGUUCAUGGAAAUCAGUUGCGGGACUCGCUGGUUUUGGGGCUGAUACGAAGAGAAGACAUUUACUACACAGUAUGUCUUUUCUCAUACGAUCCUUGCAAAGAAUUGUAUAUGGUAAAUUUUUAUGAGAGGAGGUGUGGUAAAACUACUCAAGUUGCUCAGUUUAUUUUGGAAGAAGCCAUUACUGAUGGCCAAGGAUCUACGUGCCGCAUUGUCUGUACACAGCCUAGACGUAUUUCUGCUAUUUCUGUUUCACAACGUGUAGCUGAUGAGCGUGGAGAAAAGCUAGGGAAGAGUGUUGGUUACCAGAUUCGUUUGGAAGCUGUGCUGCCACGUACCGAGGGAUCUAUCUUGUUCUGCACAACGGGUAUUGUGUUGCAGUGGUUGCAGAGCGACCCAACCUUAGCAAAGGUGUCACAUCUUGUCCUUGAUGAAAUACAUGAGAGAGACAUGUUGUCUGAUUUUCUUAUCUGUAUUGCCAAAGACCUUAUCAAAGUGCGCUCAGAUCUGAAGAUUAUACUGAUGAGUGCUACGCUCAAUGCUGACCAGUUCUCAGAGUACUAUGGAGGUUGCCCGAUGUUGCAUAUUCCAGGCUUUACCUUCCCUGUCAAAGAAUACUACCUUGAGGAUGUCCUUGAACUUACUGGAUUUACAUUUGAAGACGAAAAGCAAAUACCCAUUUGGAAACGACGAGAACAGAAAGUAAACAGAGAAUUUGAAGAGAUGAUUGAACCUUAUAUCAGAAACCUCGAGCAAACUCAGAAAUACUCUAGCCAAACUCUAAAUGAAUUAUAUAAGAAGACCAGUGAAGAACUAAACUUGGACUUGAUACUGGAGUUGUUGCAUUACAUUGCUCAGAAGCCUCCAGGUGCUGUCCUGGUCUUUCUAACUGGAUGGGACAAGAUUUCUAAGUUGCAUACAAUGAUACAAGAGGACAGAAGGCUAAGUGGACGUAAAUAUCUAGUGAUCCCGCUACACUCCAUGAUGCCAACUGUUAACCAGCGUGAGGUGUUUGAUAGACCACCAGAAGGUGUGCGUAAAAUAGUCUUGGCAACAAAUAUUGCAGAAACCAGUAUUACUAUAGAUGACAUAGUUUAUGUUAUUGAUGGUGGGCGUAUUAAAAUGAAAAAUUAUGAUAAGGAGGCUAAUUUGUCAACCCUGCUACCUGAAUGGGUCACAAUUGCCAAUGCUAAACAACGCCGAGGUCGUGCAGGUCGAGUGCAGGCAGGUGUGUGCUUCCAUCUUUUUACGCGAGCUCGAGAACAAAUAUUAGACGAGUAUCCUCUACCGGAAAUUCAGCGCACUCGCCUUGAAGAGAUUAUUCUUCAUAUCAAGAUCCUGCGCUUAGGUUCUGUCAAAUCCUUCUUAUCUAAAGUGAUGAUGCCACCUGAUCAGUCUGUGGUGGAUGUGUCACUUCAGAUGCUUCGAGCAAUUAAUGCAAUAGAUGAAAGUGAAAACCUAACACCUCUGGGUUUCCAUUUGGCUCGUUUGCCAGUAGACCCGUUGACAGGUCGUAUGCUGCUUAUGGCCGCCAUUUUUUCCUGUGUUGGACCCAUCUUGACAGUGGCAGCAUCUUUAUCUUUUAAGGAUCCAUUUGUCACUCCAAUUGGCAAAGAAAAAACAGUUGAUGAAGUGAAGAGAAAAUUGAGCCAAGGGACCAAGAGUGACCAUUUGUUACUAGUGACUGUUUAUGACAGGUGGGAACGUGCAUGUCAGUAUCGUGAUGAAAGAAACUAUUGCUGGGACAACUUUCUUUCCUCAGCUGUAUUACAUCAACUCAAAAACAUGCGGAGACAGUUCAUGGGAUUGCUGUAUGAACACAAGUUUGUUAAUACACGAGAUCCCCGGGCAGGUGAAGUUAACCGCAACGCUGAAAACAUUGCACUAGUGCGGGCCAUCAUCACAGCGGGCCUCUACCCAAAUGUUGCCCGAGUCUUGCCAAACAGAGGACGACCUAGUCCACAUAGACCAGCAAAGAUCCGAACAGCACAAGAACGUCGAGUUGCAUUGCACCCAAAGUCAGUGAAUGAAAAGGAAAGGGAUUUUGAACAUCCAUGGUUGAUAUACAGAGAAAAGAUAAAGUCGACAAAAGUUUUCAUCCAUGACAGCUCUAUGGUUCCAAACUAUCCCCUUCUCUUCUUUGGAGAGAAACUAAACUACAAUUCUAGUAAUGGAGUAAUAAACGUUGAUGGAUUUGUACGAGUUCGAAGUUCACAACACGUAGCCCACUUAAUUCAGAGUUUACGAAAUAUAUUGGACCAACUUCUGGAGCACAAAAUUAGCCAUCCAGGGAUGACAAGGUGGGAGAAAUCAACUAAAGAAGGUGCUCUUCUGCACACGAUUGUGGACCUCAUCUCCAGUGAGAGAAGUACCUCCCAUGAUUACCAGGAAUAUUAUGAUGACCAAGAUGAUGAAGAUAAUUAAACUCAAGAUAUUCCUGAUCUUAUAUUUAAUGAAACUGAUUGUACACCUUACAAACAUAACUUUUUAAGGAGUAAAUAUUGCCUAUGUUUGAAUAUCAGGAUGUAAUAAAACAUUGCUAGUAGA